UGGAAAAAAUUGAUCUUUGUGAAUUGUUAAUGGGAAAGUGGAGAGGGUGGCGAAUAUAUAUUACGCAAAUACCUCUCAUAAUUACCCAUUUAAAUAGGUUUUUGUAUUUAAAUCCCGGUAAACUAAUUAAAUGUUUCUUACCAGCUACCAACAGAGUUGCAUAAGUACCUAAAAGAAAAUUUUAUCUGAGUUGAGCGUUCUUUUUUCGCUCGCUUACAAAAAAAAAUGCAGCUACUAAAUUUUUAAAUUUAUUCUGAACAUAAAUUAACUAUGUACAAUUAUUAUGUAUUGGUGUAUAAAUAAAAGUUUAAAUAUCCUUCAGACUUGAGGAAAGUAUGAAAUUGAUUUCCGACUUUUUGGGUCCUCUCAACUUGAUCGCAUAUUUUGUGAAAAAUUCAUUGCCAUCGGUUAUGCUAAUUCCAGUCUUCAAAUGCUUUACAACACUGAAAAAAGUAAUGGUGAAUACACCCUUACUUAAAAAGAAGAAUUAACUCAUUCUAUUGCCAAGUGAGAAAUUCGAAAAAUUCGUUAUAUCUUUGUGAUUCAGUCGUAUUUUGUUGGAUAUUUCAUUAUAUUUUUAUUAAUUAUAACGUGCAAGGUAAUAAUUGCAAAUAUAGUACGUGCAUGCAAUGAGUAACCCGGCCUUAUCGGCUUCCGAGAGUGAUGCUUCAGAAUGCGCCGACAAUUCAUUUUGCAUAUUUUUGCAUUUGGUCGAAGGCAUUGGUUUGCAUCGACGUGAUGGUAUUGGCGAUUUUGCCGAGCGUCACAAGGAUAAGGUUAUCCUUACAGCAACGCUAAAUGGUGUAAAGUUCGAGGUGGAAGGUCACUCCACGGAGACUGUGACCAUCUUUAACAGCAAUUGCGUUUGGGAAUGCGAAUUGAGUGAUAUUAAACGUAUGAAAACCGACAAUCGGCCAGUGAAAGUUGAGAUAUUUAUCAAGAGUGGUCGAACGGAAACUUCCCCUCGUCGCGGCAUUGGUUCUUUGUUACUUCCUAUUAGAGGAGUUCCAGUAGUCGCGGCUUUAAAAAAUCUACAAUUAAAGCUACAUUGGCAUAAACUUAAUGUGAUGAGUUCGGAAUGGCGGCAAAAUAAACCAGAAAUUUAUUUACUUCUGGUGAUAGUCAAAAAGAAUCUUAUUGAAAAUGGACAAUUUGACGUAUUAAUGGGCAAAAAGAAAUGCGUGCUAAAUGAUGGACUUUCUCCGAAGUCCUCCGAGACAUCACUUAUGUUGCAAUCGCAAAGUAAUGUAUAUGUACAGCUUUUGGAACAAGUGGGUCUCAUACAAGUGGGCAACAACCCUGACGUUGAUUGCGACAUCUUCAACGUGUCAUUAACUUUUAAACAAGUGAAGAAUCUAAUGAAAGUAUUGGAGACGGAACAGAGCUACAACCGCAAAACUAAUGUGUUUGUUUUUCACUAUGACUUCCUGGGAAGUGCUUCUCAACUAGAAAUGGUCGUGAAUCAGUCUGAUUGCUACACCAUCAAUGAAAAAAUAUCCCUUAGCUUCAAGUCGUCCUUGAAGAGCUUACGCACUUAUUUUCAACGAAUUUUUUAUAUACCAAUAAGUGUUUAUAUAAAUGGCGCUGUGGUGGCAAAUUAUCGAUUGGAUUUCUCAAGGCUCUUACCCGACGAUUCAUUUUUCAACGCGACUAAUGUUUUUAGUAAAAACGGUACAUUUUAUUUCGAUCGCAUAAAUAAGAUAAUAAGCCCGCGUGCUACAAAGCCUUCGGUGGAUUUUAUAUUUUGUGUGCAACUCGUAACAAGCUACUCCAAAAAGUCCAGUUACGACCUAGUGCCGAUGAGUGAGGCAUAUGCAUCGUAUAAGAUCGACGAUAAGGGUUCUGUCGAUAUAACAGAACGCUAUCGAAACUUGGAUUUCCCCACUACAAUGCAACAAAUGCGGGCCCCUUAUGAUGUUGGCCAAAUAAGCAAUCGUAAUUUCAGUAACUAUGAAAUUUAUGAACGUAAUUAUAUGAAAAUGCAGGCCGACGCUGUUAUAAUUGGACACGUCUUGGAACAAAAUGGGGAAUUAUUUGGUCAACCAACAGAAGAUCUUUCAAAGUGUUCGAUCACGGGCAAGGAUGAUAGCAAAGAUUCCUUAACAAGUCGUCAAAGCAAGGCAAACGUUGUCACCUGUUAUGAUAAGCAGGUUUUCCAUUCGAAAGAAAGUGUUAUAAAUGAUGAACUGUCAAGCAAAGAGACUCGAUCCGUCGGAGUAAAUACCGACCCAUUGGAUAUAGAUCCCGAGGAAAUGACAAUAAAAAUAGUUCAAGAGCUGGAAGAUUGGAAGGCACAGCAGAUGGAACACUUCAUUCGAGGUUUGGAGCAAAAAGAAAUCGGCUACUUGGCUGAGCUCGAUAAACAAUGGGAGCAACAACGUUCAAUUUUGCAAGCUAGAUUAGAAGCAAAGUUGUCCGAAUGCGAGAAACUAAAUGCGAAGCUUGAACUGGCCCAUGCGGAAUUAAAUGCGAAUGCUCUUAAACAUCAAGAGACCAUUAGUAUAGUGCAGACCGUGAAGCAAGACAUAGAACGAAGUUAUGCGGAGAAAUUUCAGCAGUUAGAUGACGAGAUGCAACGCCUUAAACAUGAAAUACAGCAGCGGGCGACAGAAAGCGCAGAACGCGAUGUAGAACAAACACAGCAGCAGACACAAGCGGCGGAAGCCAAUGACUUAGAGUUAGAAGAGAAGCUACAAAUGAAGAUGCGUAUCGAACAGUUGGAAAAGCAAUUGGCGGCCAUGGAGAAGACACAUUUCUCCGCCGAGCAACUGGCGUGCAUGUUGGCUGAUUUGCACAAACAAACAGAACGUUUUGCAGAUAUCGAAAAAGCCAAGAACUUCUAUAAAGUACAGUGGUCAAAAUCAACAAAAGAGUUGCACAAGUUAAAACUGAAUUUAUUGAAACAACAAGGGAAAGCAUUGGAAGAGAAAAAGGAUGAAAAUAUUGAUAUUUGCUUGGANUGA